AAACUUGUACAACACAAAGCAACAUCACAAAAUGGGAAAAUACAAUUUAAUAUUCAAGAAAAACUGGUUUGCAAAGAGCAUUUUUGGGACCGUCGGCAUUAUGGUUGUUCUGGAUCAGCUAGCUAGAUAUCAGUACAACAUCCCGGAGAUUAGAGAUCCCAACCUAACCCAGUGGUCGUGGUGGCUGGAUAAAGUUGCCGCGAAGAGGCUAGAGAUGGGCCAAGGAGACUACUCAACGGAUAAGACAGGGAAAAACGCGUAACGAAUGGACCAUGCGAAAUAAUACAAGAUGGUCGUCUGAGGAACUCAAGAAGAGCUUCCUAGUUGGGAGGACGGGGUCCAUUUGGUGUCUACUUAUUUGUUUAUUUUUUUACUUAUUUUUAUUUAUUUUUUUUUUCCAUGCAUGUGAUGACUUCACACGAAAAAUUCGUCACCGUGGCGACAACGUUUUAAAGCGUUCACAUGUAGAAUAAUCCUCCCCGUGGGCGCACGCGUGGAAGACAAGCACACUUCCCUAUGUGUGUCCCCCGCUAACCAAAGUGCGAAGGCAAGAACUUGCGGGCACGCAUAAUGUUGGGGUUGUAGUCAACCGGAGAAUCGCGUAUCCGCAGGACAUAGCUAGGCAUUUGGAACUUGAACUUCUUGAUGUCAUCCCGUGAGACGUAUUUUAUUUUCAUUUUUUCAUUGUACUUUUUGAUGGACAAAUUUCUUUUACUUGCAUUUCGACCUGACUGCAACCUUUCCCAUCCAAAUCUGGUUAAGCGAAAUCGUAACGCAACCUUGGAGUGGUUUUUAUAUUUUAAUUUUUUUUUUCGUAAUUGUGACACUCUGUGUCGGAAUCGGAUUAGAGUCCAGUUGAUAUUUUC